AUGUCCAGGAGUGGUCACAGGACAGAUAAGGGGGAUGACACGGUGGAGCUGUGUGGCCGGGGGAGCUGGUGGCUGGAAACGCUGAAAAACACACCCAUCCUGGGAACCUACCACAUCCGAGACUUCAUCGAGGAGGCUGAACUGAACCCUGUGAGAAAGACAUAUGGCUUCAAAGGUGUAGGCAGAAAAACCGAGACCAUGGGCGUGCAUAAGGGGGAUAUGUUGCUACCAGGAGCAUAUGAAUACACUGACUCCACCCAGAAAGUCCUGAUGUACCAGGCAUCCUGCCUGCGACCUGACAUUUUCACCCUUGGAAUUAGAGACAAGCACAUAAACUCUUCGCCGUGUGACUACAGUGUGACAGCGAAACCAGUGGAGAAGAUUCCCUGCAAGCAUGUGAUGUUUCGGUCGACUGUGCAGCGGAUCAGCUUUCUGCCUAAAGAGGGUCCUGCUCCAUGUCACUACAACCCACAGACCAAAGCAGAUAAAGGCAUCACUUAAUGCUUCAAGUCCACGUUGCCGCGGCUCCACACUGUGCACUCACCUGCCUUGACCACAGGCACGGCCAGGCACCCACUCUUCCGUUGUCAAUCAAGCUCACCCUCGUAG